GUUAUUCGCCCUUCGAAGCAGUGUGUAAACAUGGCGUCAAGCAAGAGCGAGGAGGAUGUUGACGAUAAGGGCGAAAAUGAUGAAGGGAAACAUCCUGAGGGCAAUCUAUUGAAUUUUGAACCAGAGGUACCAGUGGAGAGUAUGUUGGUCCCCACUGACAACUUCGACUCUUUCGAACAGGAGGCUCCUCCUGACCCAGCCACCUUACAGGAUGAUGACAACCUUGUGGAAUGUCAAAAAAUUGCUAGAAAUACUUCGGAUGAAAAUACAGAGGAUCCUGAUAAGAAUGGAACCAGCCGUUCAAUGAGUGAGUUGAGUUUAGUGAGUGUAGAAAGCUCUGAACCACAGCAAGUUGAUGAUGAAGUUAGCAAUAACUCUGAAUGGAGAUCACAAGAAAAACAUAUCUUUAUCUUAAGCUCUGCGGGAAAACCAAUAUACUCUCGACAUGGUUCAGAAGAUAAAUUGGUUACACUCUUUGGUGUUAUGCAGGCAUUAGUCUCUUUUAUUGGUGAUGACGGAGAUACAGUUCGUUCCAUUCAUGCUCAAGGCACUUUAUUUGUAUUUUUAAUCAAAGGUCCAAUAAUUUUAGCUUGUGUAUGCAAAACAAGAGAAAGUGUCUCUCAGAUCACUGUCCAGUUAAAUUAUGUUUAUAGCCAAAUUGUGAGUGUCUUAACACUUGAGCAACUUACUAGAAUUUAUGAGCAACGAAGAAAUUACGACUUAAGAAGACUUCUGGCCGGUGCAGAGAGGCUUGUUGAUCAUCUUCUUAUUGCUUUAGAAACUCAACCUGCUCUUCUUCUUGGUGCAGUGCAAUGUCUGCCCCUGGCCUCAACAACAAGGGAUACUAUCACAAGUACAAUUGUGUCAUGCUGCAACAAAAUAAAGAAUUUGGUUUUUGCAAUUUUAGUUGGAGGUAACCAAUUAGUUACAUUAAUAAGAAUGAAAAAGUUCUUCUUACACCCAGCUGAUUUACACCUAAUCCUUAACCUAGUCAAUAGUUCAGAAAGUUUCAAGGCAGCUGAAAGCUGGACACCUAUCUGCCUACCCAAGUUUAAUUCAAGAGGGUUUCUUCAUGCUCAUGUUUCCUAUCUGGCCGAAGACUGUCAGGCAUGUCUACUUCUCUUGACAGUUGAUCCAGAUUUGUUUUUUCCACUAUCAGAAGCAAAACAAAAAAUUGUGGAGAAAUUGCGGAGAGCUAGUUUACUUCAAUCAAUCAAUGCCGCAUUGGCACACCCAGGGACUCCUGUGUCACAAUUAGGUGUCCCAGAGGCCCGGCACUUUUUGUACAAGUGCAAGGCUACUGCUCAAUUUUGGGGGCCAGUACCUGCUCCACCAUAUCAGUCUUCUGAAGGUGCUAAAAGAUUACUGGACCAAUACAGAGUUUUGCACCACCGUUUACAUGCACCCUCUCAGCCACUCAAACUUCUUUACCUGCAAGACCAUGCAGAAACUAUGCUAGGCUGGAUAACUACAGGCUUUGAGCUGUAUGUUGCUUUCGAGCCUUUGGUAACUAAGGCCAAUGCCAUUAGUGCUGUGAACAAGAUUUUGAGGUGGAUUAAAAAGGAUGAAAAUGGACUAUUUAUAACCAAUGCACCAACAUUUUAGUGUUUGAGAUUCAUGGUCAUUGUUACUCGUCCUAUUUAAUUGAAUGGAGGAAAUGCAUUAAGGUAAAGCAAAGAAAAGUGCAUUUAUUUAUCUGUUAUUUAUUGUGAUAAUAUCUUUGCUCAUGUGUUGCUAUAUUCUUAAGUGAACUAGAUUUGGAAUUUAUUGGAGUUUCUAGCAUAUUUUAAUCAGAAUUUAACUUACGAGAAUUGUAUAAUACAUACUUUCCCUGGUGCUUAAUUCUGCUAUCAUACAUUUUGUCAUCAAUCAUUUUGUAGAUCAAACUUAAUUUUCCUUGAUCUUUUUAAAAAUUCCCUAGAGGAAAGUAAUUUGUCUGGUAUUUUAGUAACAGUUACUACUUUGUAAAAAUGAAUAAUACAAACUUUUAAAGUUGUCUACCUGUAUUGAUAGUAAAAAUUUCUCACUAUCAAGUUUUUUUUUAAUGAAAUGUCAUAAUGUGAUCAAUUAUAAUACACUAUAUAUAUUUCUUA